AUGGGUGGUUUUUUCUUUGUUUAUCGAUAUGGUGGAAUUGGGAAGACUUUACUGUGGAAUGCACUAUCCGCUUCAAUAAAGUCAGAAGGUCAAAUUGUUUUUAACGUUGUAUCCAGUGGCAUUGCAGAAUUAUUGUUACCUAAUGGGCGAACUGCUCAUUCACGAUUUAAAAUAUUGCCUGUGAUUCCUCGUGGUUCUCGGGAGAAGAUUGUUCAUGCGUGUAUUAAUGCUUCGUACCUGUGGCAAUCUUGCCAGGUGUUGCAAUUGACCGAAAACAUGAGGCUGAGUCGUGGUCUGCAAGAUAUUCACAAUGUACAGUUAGAGAAAUUUGCCGACUGGCUGCUUCAGAUAGGUGAUGGGUUAUUGGGAGACAGUACUGAUGGCGAAUCGGUGAUUAAAAUACCAGAAAACUUGCUAUUGGAUAUUGAGUCCCUAGGUCUUCACGAUUUGGUGUUGUUUGUUUAUCCUGACAUUUUACUACGUACUUCUAGCGUGGAUUAUUUUAAGGACAGGAGUAUAUUGGCACCAACACUUGAUGUUGUGAUCGAAGUUAACAAUCAUAUGGUCACUUAG